UCAGUCUCAUGGGUUCCAGAGGAACAGGUAUCCAGACGUACAAAGAAGCUUCUAUCAGGGAGGUAUGAGAUGAACCAGUUAAGGACAGUGCCAGAGAGGCCAACCAGGUGCCUCGAUCUGUUUAUUAAAAUGCAAUGGUCUACCGUAUCGAAGGCAGCAGUUAGAUCCAGCAGAACCAAGACUGUGAGGUUAUGGUUAUCUAAAUGACACGCGAUGUCAGUUAAAAAUCUUUAAAAAGACUGUAUUGUUCAUCCUAAAACCAGAUUGAUGCUUCUCUAAGAUGCUUUAACUCAAAGAUCAUUUACUUGAAUAAAAACAUUCUUUUUAAUAUAUAAGAUUUUAUUAAAAAAAAAAACAAAAAAAAAAACAAAAAAAAAAAAAAACGUACCACCGCCUUAAAGGAGACAGGGAACUUCAUUUGAGAACAUGUUAUUUCCACCCUGGUGGAAAAUAAAAAGUCAAAAUUUGGUGGGGAAGCCUCAGUGAGAACAGUAAGUGCAUGUCUCUCCCAUGUCUCUGUAAGAAGAAGUCAGUCCAGGUUUUAGAUUUUCAGAACUACAGAAGAUGACACUUACCAUGGAAGAUGUAAACUGGGGUUUCGGAGCAAAGUCUUCUGUCUCAAGGGACCACAUCCAUGUGACUCAAACACCAACAGCCCAAUGAGAAGACCAGAGCAGCUGUUUUUGUCUUCAUUCCAAUCAUCUAAUAUGAAGUUCAGAGGACCUGUGGACCUCUCCAGACAUGAGGUUUUAACAUUAAUUUUGUUUAUGUUUGGUGAUCUGCUGUCAGUGUUGACACAUGUAUCUAUACUCAUAUAUUUCCACCUAUACAUAAAAUGGUUUAGUGUCAUUGAUUCAAAUGGUUUAAUUUUAGAUCUCUUGAUAUAAAUAACUUAGCUUUCCUUUUUAUGAUCACGGGAUGUUUGAAGUGGUUACUUUAUUGUAACACCAACACGCUUCCUACUGGAAGAUGGUUUUAACACCCCCAUGGUGAACAGAGAGCACAAUUGGUGUCCCGUUAUGUUGUUGUUGUACCGUUUCUCUCCCCUCAUUUCAGGUAACUGGGGCGGAGCUAAGCUCUUAUUGCAGACAUGCCACAACUGAACAGGUUGGGUUUCAUCACAUAUAAAUACACCAGGACCUGUGCCAUUUUCUCUUUGUUUCCUUGAUCAAAUUAUACCUCUCGUCAGUUGUGUGUCUGCUUACUAACUAGUACAAAUCACAACUUGAGCAUUUAUGAAUAGAUUUCAGUAAUAAAUUAAAUAUGAUAUUGAUUAAUUAUGUACAUAUGAGUCAUAUGUAAUGCUGUCUAUCUGUCUGUAAACCAUUCUAAUGUAAGAGUCCUGCUUUAAAUCCACUUUUCAUGAAGGUUCUGAUGUUCAACCAUAGUUUCUAAUAACUGAGACAUAUGUUGAUUCAGCUGUGUUUUCAUUUUGGAGACUGUGGGUUGUGGAACUAUGGACAAGUGUUCCUAUUGUGAUGGUCUCCGGCCUAGCAUGGCCUGUUUUGGUGUUUUUAUUUGUCUUUGUCUUUCAGGUACCUUGCUGGUAGGCGGAGCCUAGUUAGGCAAACUGGGAGCACCUGGCCAGCCUUUCAGUGGGUGGCCCAUUUGUGUAUUUAUUUCUGAUUCUUGAUUAUUUUUCUUCAUCAACACUUUACAUUCUACACAAGGACAUUUACCCAUCAACAGACACACUGAUAAACACUGGCCCCACCUCUGUGGUACGCUUUUGUUGUUAUUAUGUAUCCUCAUUUGUUAUAAAUAGAUUUCUUUAACGUUAUAGCGUAUCUUCGCUUUUUGACGCUGCACAUGAGCCGGGUCGUAACACUAUUAUUUUGACAUUUUAGUCAGUGGGCUUGAUAAAAUAACAGCAAUUCUUUAGGUUUAAUUCAGUCCAAUUUAACCGCACCACACACUCCACCUUCUACAAUGAUCAUCAGCUGUCAAUCAACACACCUUUUUAGAUCCAGAUCCAGGAAGUGAAGUUAUAAAACUACGUGUAUCUGGAGGUAGAGCUUAGUGUCCUCAACCUGUCUAUGCUCAGGUAGAAACCAUUUUCAGUGUUAAGGGCCAGGUGAGACUACACAUAAAAGAGUCUUUCAUUUAGUUGUUGGUUUAUGACUUUGACUAGACUUUGUCCAGAGGCGGUGUGUUAUCGGGUUUAUCAGGUAUCAGGUUUCAGCUGUUUCUGUGUCUGCAGGAGUUUCCAUUAUGUUUCCAGUACACACCACACAGAAGUAACACACCACCAGGACACUGAACAUCAGGAUAAAACCUGAAGAGACCUCGGCUCAAACUUUAAAUCCACCUUCCUAGUGCAGGUGUCGGCUCUGUCAUGGAUCAGAGUGAGGACAGAGAGGAGGGACUCUCUGCCUCUAAACCAGAUCCAUGUGAGGAAUAUGACGACCAAACCAGAGCUCACAGGCCAGAGAAACAGGAGAGGAUGGACUCUCCUACACCCAGCUGUGUGUCCAUGAAGAGUGACAGCUCCAGGAUUGAACCUACUGACUUUAAAGGACAACAUUCAUCUGAAACAAAGCCAGAGAAACAGGAGAGGAUGGACUCUCCUACACCCAGCUGUGUGUCCUUGAAGAGUGACUGGUCCAUGGUUGAACCUAUUUACUUUAAAGGACAACAUUCAUCAGAAACAAAUGAGUGGUCCAUGAUUGAGCAUACUGACCUUGAAACACAGCCUUCACCUGAAACAAAGGUUCAAUCCACCAAGGAGCAACAAACACCCCUGGACUCUAUAUUUACGAUUCUUAAAGAGAACCUUGUCAGUUUUGUGACGGUUGAGUUGAAGAAAUUCCAGCAUCUUCUGAGUCUUGACCAAGAGCCCCAGAGGGAUGAUGAGGAGGUGGAUGGUGAAGAAAAAGAGCAGAAGAGCAUCAUCAGAGGGGCUUUAUUGAACCUCACAAUGCAAUACAUGAGGAAAAUAAAGCAGGAGGAUCUGGCUGACUGUCUGCUGAGUAGAACUUCUUCUGGACAGUGUCAAUGUGAACUCAAGUCAAAUCUAAAGAAGAGGUUCCAGUGUGUGUUUGAGGGGAUUGCUAAAGUAGGAAAAUCAUCCUUUCUGAAUCAGAUCUACACAGAACUCUACAUCACAGAGGGAGAAUCAUCAGAGGUCAAUAAUGAACAUGAGGUCAGACAGAUUGAAGGAGCUUCCAGGAAGAAAGAUGAAUUGGAAAAAAGAAUCAAAUGUGAAAAUGUCUUUAAACCAUCAACUCACAGAGAUGAACCAAUCAGAACAGUGAUGACAAAGGGAGUGGCUGGCAUUGGGAAAACAGUCUUAACACAGAAGUUCACUCUGGACUGGGCUGAAGACAAAGCCAACCACGACAUCUUCUUCAUAUUUCCAUUCACUUUCAGAGAGUUGAAUGUGGUGAAAGAGAGAAAGUUCAGCUUGGUGGAACUUGUUCAUCACUUCUUCACUGAAACCAAAGAAGCAGGAAUCUGCAGGUUUGAAGAGUUCCAGGUUGUGUUCAUCUUUGACGGUCUGGAUGAGUGUCGACUUCCUCUGGACUUCCACAAGACUGAGAUCCUGACUGAUGUUACAGAGUCCACCUCAGUGGAUGUGCUGCUGACAAACCUCAUCAGGGGGAAACUGCUUCCCUCUGCUCGCCUCUGGAUAACCACACGACCUGCAGCAGCCAAUCAGAUCCCUCCUGAGUGUGUUGACAUGGUAACAGAGGUCAGAGGGUUCACUGACCCCCAGAAGGAGGAGUACUUCAGGAAGAGGUUCAAAAAGAAGAAACAGGCCAGCAGGAUCAUUUCCCACAUUAAGACAUCACGAAGCCUCCACAUCAUGUGUCACAUCCCAGUCUUCUGCUGGAUCACUGCUACAGUUCUGGAGGAUGUGUUGAAAACCAGAGAGGGAGGAGAGCUGCCCAAGACCAUGACUGAGAUGUACAUCCACUUCCUGGUGGUUCAGACCAAAGUGAAGAAUGUCAAGUAUGAUGAAGGAGAUGAGACAGAUCCACACUGGAGUCCAGAGAGCAGGAAGAUGAUUGAGUAUCUUGGAAUACUGGCUUUUGAUCAGUUGCAGAAAGGAAACCUGAUCUUCUAUGAAUCAGACCUGACAGAGUGUGGCAUCGAUACGACAGCAGCCUCAGUGUACUCAGGAGUGUUCACACAGAUCUUUAAAGAGGAGAGAGGACUGUACCAGGACAAGAUGUUCUGCUUCGUCCAUCUGAGUGUUCAGGAGUUUCUGGCUGCCCUCUAUGUUCAUUUGACAUUCAUUAAUCAUGGUGUCAAUCUGCUUGGAAAAGCCCAAAAAUCCUCCCUGUUGUAUGGCUUAUUUGAAGAUGAACCUAGCCUAGAUCAUCUCCACCAGUGUGCUGUGGAUCAGGCUUUACAGAGUCCAAAUGGACACCUGGAUCUGUUCCUGCGCUUCCUCCUGGGUCUUUCACUACAAACCAGUCAGAGUCUUCUGCAUGGCCUGGUGAUAGAGAAAAGGAACAGUGAAACAGCCACCAUAGAGAUAGUGAAGUACAUCAAGGAGAAGAUUAGUGAGGAUCUUCCUACUGACAGAAGCCUUAAUCUGUUCCACUGCCUGAAUGAACUGAAGGAUCAUUCUCUAAUAGAGGAGAUCCAACAGUUCCUGUGUUCAGGAAGACUCUCAGAAAAGAAGUUCUCUCCUGCUCAGUGGUCAGCUCUGGUCUUUACCUUACUGUCAUCAGAAGAAGAUCUGGAUGAGAUUGAUUUGAAGAAAUUUUCUGCUUCAGAAGAUGCUCUGGUCAGGAUGCUGCCAGUCAUCAAGGCCUCCAGAAGAGCUCUGUUGAGUGAUUGUAACCUGUCAGAGAAAAGCUGUGAAGUUCUGGCCUCAGUUCUCAGCUCCCAGUCCUCUUGUCUGAGAGAGUUGGACCUGAGUGAUAAUGAUCUGAAGGAUUCAGGAGUGAAGCUUCUUUCUGAUGGACUGAAGAGUCCACACUGUCUACUGGAAACUCUCAGUUUGUCAGGCUGUCAGGUCACUAAGGAGGGCUGUUCUUUUCUGGCCUUGGCUCUGACCUCUAACCCCUCCCAUCUGAGAGAACUGGACCUGAGCUCCAAUCAUCUAGGAGACUCAGGAGUGAAGCUGCUGUCUGAUAUGAAAGAGAAUCCAGACUGGAGACUGGACACACUCAAGGUGGACCAUGGUGGAGAGCAGAGAAUGAAACCUGGUCCCAGAAAGUAUGCUUGUAAACUCACAAUGGACCGAAACACAGCACACAGGGACCUCCUGCUGUCUGGCGACAACACAAAGGCACUGAGACAGACGCAGACACACCAUCUUACUCGAGAGACAUUUGACCACUGUCAGGUUCUGUGUACAGAUGCAGUGACUGAUCGCUGUUACUGGGAGGUUGAGUGGAAAGGAAAUGUGCUCAUAGCAGUGACUUAUGAAACAAGCAAAAGGAAAGAAAACACUGAAGACAGUUGGUUUGGGAACAACAGUUGGUCCUGGAGUCUGCAAUGCUCUGAUAAUUAUUAUUCUGUCUGUCACAAUAAAACAGCAAUGGAGAUUUCACCCUCUCUCCGCUCUGUAUCUAACAGAGUAGCAGUGUAUGUGAACUACUCUGCUGGAACCAUCUCCUUCUACAGAGUCUCUAAUGAAAAACUGCAACCUCUCCACACCUUCCACUCCACCUUCACUGAACCUCUCUACCCUGGAUUUGAAUUUGAAUGCAACUCCUCUGUGACUAUUUCUGUCAUUGGCGAGCAGCAGGGUGUCGGCUCUGUUAUGGAUCAGAGUGAGGACAGAGAGGAGGGACUCUCUGCCUCUAAACCAGAUCCAUGUGAGGAAUAUGACGACCAAACCAGAGCUCACAGGCCAAAGAAGAAGAAGGAGAGGACAGACUCUCCAAUACCCAGCAGUGUGUCCAUGAAGAGUGACAGGUCCAUGAUUCAACCUAUUGACUUUAAAGGACAACGUUCUUCUACAAGAAAGCCAAAGAAGAAGAAGGAGAGGUCAGACACUCCAACACCCAGCAGUGUGUCCAUGAAGAGUGACAGGUCCAUGAUUCAACCUAUUGAUUUUGAAAGACAACAUUCUUCUACAACACAGCCAAAGAAGAAGAAGGAGAGGACAGACUCUCCAAUACCCAGCAGUAUGUCCAUGAAGAGUGACAGGUCCAUGAUUCAACCUAUUGACUUCACAGGACAACGUUCUUCUACAAGAAAGGUUCAGGAGAGUACAGAGAAUCCUACGGCUCAGUCUACUCAGGGGCAACAAACACACCUGAACUCUAUAUUUAUGAACCAGAGGAAAGCAGAGGUGGAUGUCAAAGAGAAAGAGCACAAGAGCAUCAUCCGAGAGGAUUCCCUCAUCACUGAGCAAAACAGGAUGGCUGACUAUGUGAAGGAUGGAAAUCCUUCUCAGCUGUGUCUAUGUAAAUUCAAAUCAAAUCUAAAGAAGAAGUUCCAGUGUGUGUUUGAGGGGAUUGCUAAAGCAGGAAAGUCAUCUUUUCUGAAUCAGAUCUACACAGAGCUCUACAUCACAGAGGGAGAAUCAUCAGAGGUCAAUAAUGAACAUGAGGUCAGACAGAUUGAAGCAGCUUCCAGGAAAAAAGAUGAACUGGAAAAAAGAAUCAGAUGUGAAGACAUCUUUAAACCAUCAGCUUACAGAGAUGAACCAAUCAGAACAGUGAUGACAAAGGGAGUGGCUGGCAUUGGGAAAACAGUCUUAACACAGAAGUUCACUCUGGACUGGGCUGAAGACAAAGCCAACCAGGACAUCAUCUUCUUAUUUCUAUUCACUUUCAGAGAGCUGAAUGUGGUGAAAGAGAGAAAGUUCAGCUUGGUCGAACUUGUUCAUCACUUCUUCACUGCAACCAAAGAAGCAGGAAUCUGCAGCUUUGAAGACUUCCAGGUUGUGUUCAUCUUUGACGGUCUGGAUGAGUGUCGACUUCCUCUGGACUUCCACAAGACUGAGAUCCUGACUGAUGUUACAGAGUCCACCUCAGUGGAUGUGCUGCUGACAAACCUCAUCAGGGGGAAACUGCUUCCCUCUGCUCACCUCUGGAUAACCACACGACCUGCAGCAGCCAAUCAGAUCCCUCCUGAGUGUGUUGACAUGGUGACAGAGGUCAGAGGGUUCACUAACUCCCAGAAGGAGGAGUACUUCAGGAAGAGAAUCAGAGAUGAGGAGCAUGCCAGCAGGAUCAUCUCCCACAUCAAGUCAUCACGAAGCCUCCACAUCAUGUGUCACAUCCCAGUCUUCUGCUGGAUCUCUGUUAUAGUUCUGCAGUAUCAGUUGAGAAUCAAAACAAAGAGGCAGCUGCCCAAGACCCUGACUGAGAUGUACCUCCUCUUUCUGGUGGUUCAGACCAAAGUGAAGAAGCUCAAAUAUGAUCAAGCAUGUGAGACAAAUCAACUCUGGUGUCCAGAGACCAGGAAGAUGAUUGAGUCUCUGGGAAAACUGGCUUUUGAUCAGCUGCAGAAAGGAAACCUGAUCUUCUAUGAAUCAGACCUGACAGAGUGUGGCAUCGAUAUCAGAGCAGCCUCAGUGUACUCAGGAGUGUUCACACAGAUCUUUAAAGAGGAGAGAGGCCUGUACCAGGACAAGAUGUUCUCCUUCGUCCAUCUGAGUGUUCAGGAGUUUCUGGCUGCUCUCUAUGUUCUUUUGACAUUUGUUAAUCAUGGUGUCAAUCUACUGAAGAAAUCACAAAAGUGGGAGUGGUUGUAUACAAUAUUUCGCGAUGAACCUAACCUAAAGCAUCUCCACCAGUGUGCUGUGGAUGAGGCCUUACAGAGUCCAAAUGGACACCUGGAUCUGUUCCUGCGCUUCCUCCUGGGUCUUUCAUUCCACACCAAUGACCGUAUUCUUUAUGGCCUGGUGAGAAAGACUGGAAACCGAGCCACGACCAAUAGAAAAACAGUGGAGUAUAUCAAGAAAAAGAUCAGCAAAGAUCUUCCUACAGAGAGAAUUCUUAAUUUGUUUCACUGUCUGAAUGAACUGAAGGAUGAAUCACUAACAGAGGAGAUCCAAAGGUACCUGAACUCAGGAAGGCUCUCAGGAACAAAUCUGUCUCCUGCUCAGUGGUCAGCUCUGCUCUUUACGUUACUGUCAUCAGAAGAUCUUGAUGUGUUUAAUUUGAAGAAAUUUUGUGCUGCAGAAGAUGUUCUGCUCAAGUUGCUGCCAGUCAUCAAAGCCUCAAAAAAAGCAAUGUUGAGUGAUUGUAACCUGUCAGAGAGAAGCUGUGAAGCUCUGGCCUCAGUUCUCAGUUCCCAGUCCUCUUGUCUGAGAGACUUGGACCUGAGUGGUAACGACCUGAAGGAUUCAGGAGUGAAGCUUCUUUCUGAUGGACUGAAGAGUCCACACUGUCUACUGGAAACUCUCAGUUUGUCAGGUUGUCAGGUCACUAAGGAGGGCUGUUCUUUUCUGGCCUUGGCUCUGACCUCUAACCCCUCCCAUCUGAGAGAACUGGACCUGAGCUACAAUCAUCCAGGAAACUCAGGAGUGAAGCUGCUGUCUGAUAUAAAAGAGAAUCCAGACUGGAGACUGGACACACUCAAGGUGGACCAUAGUGGAGAGCGGAGAAUAACGCCUGGUCUGAAAAAGUAUGCCCGUAAAUUCAGACUGGAUCUAAACACAGCACACGGGGACCUUCAGCUGUCUGACGACAACACAAAGGCAAAGGUAGUGAGAGAGACUCAGGAAAAUGGUUUCCACCAGGUUCUGUGUAAAGGUAAAGUGACUGAUCACUGUUACUGGGAGGUCGAGUGGAAAGGAAACGUCCUGAUAGCAGUGACUAAUAAACCAGUGACCCCUGAGGACUGUUGGUUAUUGAGCAACAGUCAGUCCUGGAGUCUGCAUUGCUCUAAAAAGGGUUACUCUGUCUGGCACAAUGGAACACAAAAAGAGCCUCAAUUCUCUUCCUCCUCUGUAUCUAACAGAAUAGCAGUGUAUGUGAACUACUCUGCUGGAAUUAUCUCCUUCUAUACAGUCUCUGAAACCAGUGUGUUUCAUCUCUUCACCUUCUACUCCACCUUCACUGAACCUCUCUACCCUGGAUUUGGGUUUUUUUCGUGGUCCUUGGCUCUCAGUGUGUAUGUGUGUGUGUCUGCCGGUAUGUUAUGUUCCCAUUGGUGUGUGUGUUAUGCACAAAAGUACACAUCUGCAUUUAUGCGUUUCCUUGUUUUCUCAAUAGUGCAAUACAAAAUCUGCAGGCCUGUUGACUCAGCUGAUGUCUGUGAGAGUCAAUCACAACCAGGCAACUUGUAUUGUGUGUGUCACUGAAACUAAAGCUGUCUUUACCCUGAACAUCCAGAAGUAAAUCUUUCAAGUCUACUUCCACAGUCACACACGUCUUCCUCUUUGUCUGGCAGAGAGGAGGAUGAGAACAUUGUGUGAAUAUAUCCCAAACAAAGAUUCAGUAUAAUCACCGCUGAAAAUAUACUCAACUUUGACUACAGAUUAUUGUUAUAAUUUUGAAGAACAUACCACCAGAUACGAACAAGGUAAGUAUAGAAUUAUACUCAAUUGGUUCAUUGCUGGAAUUUCAAACAGUUCACAUUAAUAAUGUAAUACUGCAAUGAUUGGUUUUAGACAC